AUGAAUUAACAAAAGCCCCCGACAACCUAGACCAAAAAGGUAGAUUAAUCAGUUUCAACAAUUACAAAAAAAUCGCAAUCAGCUUCAAGAAAGGAUUCCUCAUUUCAAUAAGCAGCUGUUCGAUAAGUUUUAGUUGGAGGAUAACCAGGAGUAUUAUAAUAUUUAAAUUUCUAAAGGAUGGCUUAUGGUGUUAUGCAUAAGAUUAGCCUUCCCCAAAUCUGGCUAGCAUCAAGGAAAUUAAUACUCAGAUGAAUUAAAAGUUCAAGUAAAUUGAAUCCAAUAUUGAAUCAGAAAUAGUUGAAACUUUAAGAUAAUAAUGUCAUAAUUUAGGGUUGGAAUUAGAGAAUGUGAAUGUUUAGAAUUAAAAUUUAAAAAUUGACAUAGCCUAAUAAAAUAAAUAUAUAGACUAAUAAACUAAAAAGCUUGAAACAGCUAUGAAAGAAAUUGAAAAUUUAAGGAAUGUUAAAGCAUCUCUUCAAUCUCAAUGUGAUACAAUUAAGGAUCUAUAUAAUAAAACCAAGAGGGAAUUAGCAGGAAUCAAUUAGGAAUUGGAAUAGGAGAAGAAGGAAAAUGAAGAAAUGUCUCAGCAAAUCGCUAAAUUAUAAGGAUUAUAUUAAGAAAUGUAGAAAGCAAAUAAAGUUGAAGUUGAUAACCUCAAAGAGAGACUUGAAGAAUUAGAAGAGGAAAAUGAAGAAUUUAAAAGGAAAUUUUAGAUGAAGGGAGAAAUAGAUAAGAGAUUGGAUUAGGAAAGUAUGGAAUGAUUUUUAAUAGGAAUUAUCCAUUAGAAUCAAUAGAAAUUGAAUUAAGUGUCUGAAAAUGAGAGGAAGUUAGAAAAGAUGGGUAAGCUAUUAGAAGAAAAUGCAACUUUAAGUGAAAGAUUGGGAGAGAGUGAAACAUUAAGAAGAAGGUUUAUGGAGAAGAAUAAUCAAUAUGAAAAGGAAAUUAAAAUAGUAAACUAUAAUUAUAAUGCAUCAAGCUUGUUGAAAGUAAAUUAGAAGUAGAGAAGCAAAUGGUGGCUUUGAAAAAGAGAGUGAAUGAUUUAUAAGUAAUGAAAUCAACUAAUCAAAAAAUAUUGGAAGAUAAAAUCAAUAAAUUACAAGAGCAAUGUACCCAAUAGUAGUAAUAAAAUGAAAAACUAAUUUAAUAAUUAAAAAGAAAUCAAAAAUAGUAAAAUCAUCAUCAACAAAAUUAAGAGGAAGAUGUCUCAGAUUAUGAAGAUGUGGAAUCAAAACCAUAACUCUUUGGAGCUUGA